UGUGCUCACUCUGCCUCUUUGCCAUGCGCGAGGCAUACACAUGUAAAUUUAAUCUGGGAGGGAUGGGAGACUGAAUGAGAGGUUGCCCUCUGAUUGACACACAGAUCUGCUGAGUAUUCACACAACCAGGACAGCUGUUGCUGGGAACUUAUUGUAAAGGAACAGAAUUUUACCUCCUGGAAUAGUUCAUAUCCUCCUGCCUCUGUCUCUUUGUGCUGAUGUCUCCAGUCUCAGAUCUUUGCAGCGCGAGGUGUUAUCUGUAGCACUGAGCUCCAGAUUAAAAGGAAAUUGCAGGACGACUAAAUCUGUCUGUCAGCCUCUGAUUCCUACAGAAAGCGUAAGUGAUACAGACGGAUGAGUCGAGGAUAAGCCAGUCGGGACUGCAAAGGAAGAUUCAUUAAACUGCUUCACUCUUCAUGGGACGCUGUACUUUUUUUUUGGAGGGUGCAUCUUCGUCUGUUUUUGUGUCUGUGCCGAGACCGGGACGGUGUUCAUGUGCCUGCAGUCUACAGCGGCCGGGUGUUGUUUUCUGAAGAAGACAGAGCACACAGGCUGAGGAAGUGUUGAAGCAGGACACCCUCUGUAGGAGACAGCUCUCCUCGCUCCUCUCCUUUUCUCUUUUCUCUGCAGACAUAACUGCCCACCCUGACACUGACAGCUGGGGGUGUUGGUGUGCUCUGUGCACAGAUAGCUUGACCUGACCAAGAGACUGUCCAGACGUCUUGUCGAGGCAUCUUGUCGUACAGACUGACCCACCACAAGCUCUAACCAGAGCACCUUAAGCCAUUCCAGGUGGCUCCCAGUCCCAGCCAGGAUGCAGGUGUCGUUAGUGUGUACGGAUCACAAUCGUGGAGGGGUGAGCCGCAGUACAGAGGAACGGCUCAACCACCGCCAGAAUGCCAACAGCCCCAACACAGGCACCCGCAGCAAGUUCAGGGCUGUGGCCAUGGUGGCCCGUAGCCUUGGACAGGUCACUGUCCAGAGCCAGCCCACGUCCAGCGACCAGAGCAUACGCACCGGCAUGAAGUAUAGAAACCUUGGGAAGUCUGGCCUGAGGGUGUCCUGCCUUGGACUAGGAACAUGGGUGACGUUCGGAGGGCAGAUAACAGAUGAGAUGGCGGAGCAGCUGUUGUGUCUGGCCUACGAGAACGGCAUCAAUCUGUUUGACACAGCAGAGGUCUACGCCGCAGGGAAGGCUGAGGUUGUGCUGGGGAACGUCAUAAAGAAGAAAGGAUGGAGACGUUCCAGUCUGGUGAUCACAACAAAGAUCUUCUGGGGUGGAAAAGCAGAGACUGAAAGAGGGUUGUCCCGAAAACACAUUAUAGAAGGUUUAAAGGCCUCACUGGAGAGACUGCAGCUAGAGUAUGUGGACGUGGUGUUUGCAAACAGACCGGACCCCAACACUCCCAUGGAAGGGAUAGCUGAGACGGUGCGGGCGAUGACCCACGUGAUCAACCAGGGCAUGGCCAUGUACUGGGGCACGUCCCGCUGGAGCCCUAUGGAGAUCAUGGAGGCGUACUCUGUGGCGCGGCAGUUCAACCAGAUCCCUCCCAUCUGUGAGCAGGCAGAGUAUCACAUGUUCCAGAGGGAGAAGGUGGAGGUGCAGCUGCCAGAGCUCUUCCAUAAGAUAGGUGUGGGGGCGAUGACAUGGUCACCGCUGGCCUGUGGGAUCAUCUCAGGGAAAUACGACAGUGGGGUACCACCUUACUCCCGCGCCUCUCUUAAGGGCUACCAGUGGUUGAAGGACAAGAUCUUGAGCGAAGAGGGCCGGCGUCAGCAGGCGAAGUUGAAAGAGCUGCAGGCAAUCGCAGAGCGGCUGGGCUGCACUCUGCCCCAGCUCGCCAUCGCGUGGUGCCUACGAAACGAAGGGGUGAGCUCUGUCUUAUUGGGGGCGUCCAGCACCGACCAGCUGAUGGAGAAUAUAGGAGCAAUACAGGUUCUUCCCAAACUAUCCUCCUCCAUCACGCACGAGGUAGAUAGCAUCCUGGGGAACAAGCCGUACAGUAAAAAGGACUACCGUUCCUAACGCUUCGCCACCGCGCCAGUCAGCCAGGGCUGCUCCAGGGCUGCUCCAGGGCUGCUCCAGGGCUGCUCCAGGGCUGCUCCAGGGCUGCUCCAGGACUGCUCCAGGACUGCUCCAGGACUGCAGCGCAGGUCCAUGCCCCACCUUUGCCUGAUCCUCUGUUUGCUUGAGCUUUACUGAAUGAGACCCCGGCGCAUGAGUCUGGCCCCACCUCGGCCACCCUGGGGAGCAUCAUUUAGACUUACAGUGAAAAGAAAAGGAUGAUAAAUAGAUACGUGACCUCCGCAAUGGAAGGAAGGAUAGGUAGAAAAAAUACAGAGAACAGGGGGUUAACUAGAUGAAUCCGUUAUACAUACAAUUCAGCCGAAGCUGCAGUUUAAAAACCGAAGAAAAUAUUAUUUCUAAAAAAUAAAAUAAAAAGCACACGCUUGCUUGGCAGACAGAUAUAAUUGUAUUUUUGGUGGAAUAAAAUCUAAAUACUGAAUGCUUACCAAUGGAAUUUAAGUUUAUACAAAUAUACAACAAAUACUCUGUUGCACAUGUAUAGCAACACAUUUGUUUUUUGGAGUUCUGUUUCCAAUUGCCUGUACAUGUCCAUAACAGUUUCUCUUAAACAUCUGUUUUAUUUGUGUGGUCUACAUAAUCUGUGUACUAGCCUCCUUGCAGGCAGAACAAUCAGCACUUUAGUAUUGUACAGUUCAGUCAUUGAGAGGUUGUUGAACAUUGUGAGAGGAUGAAAUAAUUAAACCGUCUCACAUAUGGUCAGUCAUUUCAGUGUAGAAUCAGAAUCUCCUCUCCUGUUUCAGUUUCCUAUCUGUUCCCCUCAGUCAAUCUGGUCUACACAGUGCAGGUUCUGCCAGGCAGACUAACCCCUAGUCUGAGUCCCACCUCUGAGCUGCAAUAACUGCACUAGCCAGGUGGAGCAGGGUGUAGGACUACCCCCUAGUGGAAGGAUUUAGCUCUGCUCUGCUUCUCUCGUGCGCCAGGUCUGUCAUCUGUCAAUAAGAACCUUGAGCAGGCUAGUUGAUUGCCAUAGAAAGGGUUCAUUACUGGCCAUGUAAAAUGAUGGCUGUAUCUGUAUUUACCUUUGUGUGGCAGUGUUUCUUUCUGAUGUUUUACUGUAACUGCAUCAGACGUAAUGGUCUUAAUUGUGCUACUCAGUCAGUUUUACAGACCUCUUUAUUAGUCAUUUUAGAGCAAAUUCUCAUGAAAAUGGCACAUUACCUAAAUUGUGCUCAAUGUGUGUGUGUUGCCUUAUUUAGGUUCAUUUUGAGCUGUGCUGGGCUGAGACAGCAGGCCCAUAGCUGCCAUUGGCAGUCAGGGCACAGACUGGUCUUGAGCCCCGUUUAUGCCUCGUUCGGAUAUAAAUCCUUUGUCCUGAUCUUGUCCACAUUCUGAUUGUGCCUACAUUUUCAGACCGGUGUAGAUGACUAAAAGACGCAUUGUGAUCUUCCUGAUCUAUUCCGGAGGUAGUGAGGCACGCAUUGUGUCUGGAUAUCUUACAAGACAGAUCUGGAAAGAGAAACCAUUUAAAUGAUCAUUAUUCUGCUUUUUAACAUAAUUGACUGGUGACAUUGACCUAUGGCAUCAAUAUGUGUUUUAAAAUGAAUACAUAUUAUUUUGAAAGAAUAACUGUCAAAUCAUUUGCAUGCAGGGAGGAACCAGGAAAUCUGAGGACACAGUAGACGGAUAUGAGACACAUUUUAAUACCAUGUUUAGAUCUAUUUCAGAAAAUGUGGACACAAUCAGAUCAUGGACAAGAUCAGCACAAAGGGAGCAAGUUAUGAACAAGGCUUGAGACAGUGGUCCCUGGUAUAUGGAAAGACUCAUUGGUUUUAGUGGCAGCUGUUCCUGCCCAAUCAGAGUGAAGACUGACGUGUGACAUAUGCGUGCGAGGCUUGCUAGGAAGAAAGGGCUGGUUUGAGUCAGCAGCUCAGGGAUUUGGAACAGGGAAUGUGUGUACUUGUUUGUAUACCUGGUUAGUAAGAUGUAUUUAAUGUGUACUGUACGUCUUUCCCGUGUGGAUGGGGACCUGUCCAAUCAAGACAUUUUCACGUGGCUUGAGCCAAAGAUAUUCCAACAUCUUUCAGCGACACAUCUAAGUGUCUUGUCGCUUGUUGGAAGAGUAUAGCGACCGACUUAAAAUGCAUACUAUCUAGCUUAUUAUCUAUGGACUCUCUUCAUGUGUACAGCAUAACCACUUGACCAUGCUGUUCUAUGCUUAUACCCACAUAUACGGUACACAUGCAUUGUACACUACUUAUGGAAUGAUCCGUUUAUUUUCAGUUGGCAGAUGAUAAUCAAUACAUUUUCAAUAAUCACAACCAUUGCACACUGAAGACAUCUGACGCUGCCCUGGAUCAGUAUUCACUCUCUAGCUGUUGGGUCCUCUUACUGUGAGACAAAGUGGAGAGCAUGUGAUGCAUACAUCCUCCAGCAUGAGCCCUCGUCCCCCAGCCUAUUGGGGAGUAUUCUGACAAGCAAGGGGCAUGCUUACAAGUGGAAAUAUAAGGAAUACUCGCUACCAUCUCAUUCUCAGAUUCAAUGAUUACAGUUGUAUAGUACUGUAGUGUCAGUGAGUAUGAUAAAAUGUAAUGGUGGGUGAGGUUUGGAUGCUUCUCAGGCAAAGUGAAGAGGUUUGUAUGCUUUGCUAGACCCUCUGGUCGGACAACAAAUACUUGGCAUAGUGGAAACAAAUGCUCCUUUUGUUUGUAGCAUCUAUGAGUUAAAUAUAAACUGUGUACAUUUGAUUUACUGUGUCUGGCAAUGUAUGUCUGAGUGAAUUAGUAGAAAAGGCCAAUGUGGUUUUCUCAAAAAAAUAGAACUCUGUUUAAUAUUUGUUCAUGAUUUUCUGUCUUAUUGUCUUCAGCAGGGAAAUUACUGAAAAAUAUUCAGCACAAAUGUUUAAUAAAUAAAAUAGCUCAAAGGCAUUGCCACAACGAUGAGUGUUUUCCAAGGAUGUAUUUUGGUGGUCUUUGUCACAAUAUCAAUUGAAUUUGACAUGUACAUGCACAGAGCUGUGCACUGAUUUGCCAGGUGAUAAUUGUAAUGGUGUUGAGUGACCACAGAGCUCAUCAAUUUUCUGGCUUGCUCCUUACUGGCAUAUUGGGCUAGGAAAGUAGUAUGAGUACUAGGAAAGCAGUAUGGAUUUUUAUUGCAGAAUUUGAUCUGAAUAUAGUAGUGUGUUUGACUUUAAACAGCAUUGAUACACCACACAUGAUGAACUACUGUCCGUAUAGGUUUGCUGCAUUGUGUCCACAGUAGAACUGGCAUUCCUUGGGCUGCUCCUACCAUCUCCUGGUCCAUUCAAGCCUUUCUAGGAGUACCUGCUUGUCACCCUUGGUGGUCUAGAACCUGUGUGUGUAAGUCAGGCUGUUUAGUGAGUAGACUCAUCAUUGCAGGGUUAGGGUCUCUGUGUUCCAGUGUGUUUUGAUCCCCUGUCCAGUGCCCCCUCCACACAGCCACUGUAACAUAUUAUAGUAUUGAUGUUACUAUCAGCUCAGACCGCUAUGACAUCAGACCUGCAGAUUAAUGACGCUCAUCUCACAGAAUGCUGUAUGUUAGAGAUCAUUUGUUUAUGUUCUGGCCUUUCUUUCACCGUGCUGCAUUUUCCUCUGUUAAUAUUACAUCAAUGUAAAGAUUGACAAAAAUAAGCAAUUUAUUUGUAUUGCGUAUGCAUUGUCUUAUCUCUUGUAUGUACAUAGUUUGACCUUUUUGUAUAUAGUUAUGGUUGUGAUCACCUCUGCCUUUUCAUUAUUUGUUCUUUUCAUUUGCGGGCAUUGCUAACUGCACUGUGCUUGAAUCUGAAUUUAGACAAAAUGUACAGGUUCGGUCUUUAAUAAAAUGACAAUGAAAAAAAUAUGAAUUUGAAAAACAA